AUGAAAGGUGGCACUCCUUUGUCUGUUAGACUGUCUGAAAAUGUGUGUCUUUACAACUCUGCUGUUGAGUUUGAUUUUGCAGCACGCAGCCACAUCGACGGCAGUGGGUAUGAAGAAGCUCUAGACAUUGUUGAGAUAAACAAAGAUCUGAAUCUACAUGAGGGAGACAUACGACUAAUGACUGGCCGUGACAGGAACAUUGUUGUUGGAAACCAGUUCAGAUGGGAAUUACCCGUCCCAUAUGUGUUACAUGAGAGCCUUGACUUGAAUGCCAAAGGAGUUGUUCUACGGGCUUUUGACCAAAUACGGCUGAAAACGUGCAUCGACUUCAAACCCUGGGAAGAUGAGCCACACUACAUUGUAGUCAUCCAAGACGAUGGAUGUUGGUCAUAUGUUGGGAAUCAACAUCAGGGAAACCAAAGUGUCUCUAUUGGACAGUGGUGUGAUCACCUUGCCAUUGUGGAGCACGAGUUUCUUCAUGCACUGGGCUUCUGGCAUGAACAGUCCAGAUAUGACAGAGAUGAGUAUGUGACCGUUGUCUGGGAAAACAUAGAAAAAGGAAGGGAACACAACUUUUUAAAGCACAGUUCAAACUACACUACCACUCUAGGAACGAUGUAUGAUUACACAUCUGUGAUGCACUACAACAAAGACGCCUUCUCUAAUGGCAAUGGAUCCACCAUCAUCACUAAUCUGCCAGAGUACCAAGAUGUAAUUGGUCAGCGUCUAGAAAUGAGCUCUAAUGAUGUUCUGAAGCUCCAGAAGCUUUACAACUGCACAUCUGCCGUAACCUUCCGGAUGUCCUGCAGCUUUGAGGAUGAAAGAGUGUGUGAUAUGACUCUUUGCGCUGCAGGAAAUACCAGCUGGGAGAGAGUGGGCAGCACAAAAGCCGGGCCGUUCUCCGACCACACCAGUCUGAGUUCACAGGGAGGUGGAGGCUCCUUCAUGCACUGCAGCACGGUGUCUGGAAAAGAGGGGGAUGGCGCCAAAAUGCAGAGCAGGAAGAUGAAUCCAAAGAGGCAGAUCCAGUGCCUCCAGUUUUUCUAUUUUCACAGCGGGAGCGACAAAGACCAACUCAACAUUUGGAUCAGAGAAUAUGACAGGGAAGAUGAGGAGACCACCUAUCUAAUGGGACAGAUCACAGGUCCACCAACAUCUCACUGGCAGCUCCAUCACGUUUCCCUCAAUGCCACUAGGCCCUUCCAGGUGGAGUUUGAGGUCCGCAAAGGAGCAGGAAACUCCUUGGGCGGGUUUUCAGUGGAUGACAUCAACCUGUUUGAAACUGAGUGUCCACAUCAUGUCUGGCAUAUUCCCAACAUUGACCAUUUUCUGAUAAACAGCAGCGUUGGCACAAGCUUACUGAGCCCACGGUUCAUAACCAGACAGAGCUACGGGCUCCAGCUUCUGCUGCAUCUCUACUCUGAUCACUUCGGUGUUUUCUUCCGGCUCGUGUCCACAGACCAUGAUGACCAGCUCCAGUGGCCAUGUGUGUGGAGACAGGUGACAGUCUCACUGCUGGACCAGAGUCACCACAUCCAGCAGAGGAUGUCGAAGCAGAUAAGCAUCACAACUGAUUCAGAGAGAACAUUCAUUGGAGAUAGUGGAGAGAUAUUUCACUACUGGGAUAACCCCAGGAAGCUGGGGCAUCUCAUCAAUGACACCAACAGAGAGCCGUACUAUGCUGGUCCAAACCUCGGCUACAGGACUUUCUUGUCUUUGGAUGCAUUUCGGUCAGGAAACUUUAUAAAAGGAGGCAGCAUCUUCUUUUUCCUCAGCUUUGAUGAUUUAUCGACUCUACGACUGAGUGGCUCAGACCCUCCUAAGCCACAGAUAUGGUCUAACAUGAACCAUGUGACUCUGAUGAAGACAGAUGAUAAGGGAACCUGCCUAAACCAAAUGAUGGGAAGCACUACAACCAUCGUCACUCCAUCAUUCAUAUCAUCAUUUGCAGUCAGUCUUCCCACAGGAACCAUCUUUACCAUGCUGACAGCCACAGUGGCCCUGAUAUCAGGAAACCUGCCCUUGACACUUUGAAAAUCCCAGCUUUGUUCUACAAGUAUAGAAAUUGGUGUAUUUCUGUGGUCGAGAAACUACAAACCAAGGGUGUAGGUUUGCAUAUGAACAAUAGGUACAUGUCCCUACCAAUAUUUUGGGAGGACAGAAUUGUCCUCCCAAAAUAUUGGGGGGGGGGGGGGGCUAUCUGGAGGCUCAUGUCAUGUGAGAAUGUCACAGUGGUACUUAACAUAAUCAGAAAAAUGUCAACUGAUGUUAUUUAACCAUGUUAGCUAGUGUUAACUAUCAAAUUAAGCCUGGCUUCUGUCUUCUGUAGGCUAGCAGUCAGGUACUGGGAGUAAACAUAAAAUGGUGGAUAUAUCAAACUAUGAGUUUAAUUUCUGUCAAAAAAUUAUAUUGAUUAAAAAUUAUAUUUAUUAUUUAUCCUAUUAAAAUGUCAUCAUGAAUAUUGUGACUUUUUUUAUGCCUUAUACUAAGAGGUUUUGGGCCUUACUAUACUAUAAGGUUUUUAUGGUAUU